UCCCUUUAUAGCUGCUCCACAACCCUGGGGCUGGGAGUAGAAAACCCUCCGGUCCUCGACUGCAGAGCGGGGCGCCAGGGAGGAGAUAGGCCCCGCCCGGCCGCCCUUUCCAGGCCGCGAUUUCGAUUGCGGGACUGGCUUGGGAGGCGCUUCCACGGACUCAACGUACCGAACCCGGCGGUACCAGUUGCCGGGGGUGAAAUUGGUUUGACCCGCUUUGGGAGUCAGGAGAGAGCUUUUCCUGCCCGAGCUCAGAACCGUUUUUUGAAUAUUGCCGCUGGAUUUACCUGUUGGUUAAAAGUCCAGGUGCACUCGGGGAGGGAUUGAGGAACUGUGUGAAUGAAGCAGCAUUCUUUCUCGAUUUUAAAAGACAUCAUUUCAUCAUGGGACAGCAGUUUUCGGAUCAAACGCAACUGGUAAUUAGCAAGUUACCAGAAAAAGUAGCAAAACAUGUCACAUUGGCUCGAGAAAGUAGCUCCUUAACUUAUGAAGAAUUUCUUGGGAGGGUAGCUGAACUUAAUGAUGUAACUGCUAAAGUGGCUGCUGGCCAGGAAAAACAUCUUCUCUUUGAAGUACAACCUGGGUCUGAUUCCUCUGCCUUGUGGAAAGUAGCCGUACGGGUGGUCUGUACCAAGAUUAACAAAAGCAGUGGAAUUGUGGAAGCAUCACGGAUCAUGAAUUUGUACCAGUUUAUCCAGCUUUAUAAAGACAUCAUCAGUCAAGCAGCAGGAGUGUUGGCACAGAGCUCCACCUCGGAAGACCCUGAUGGAAACUCCUCAUCUGUAAUGUCUUGUCAGGCUAGUCUUUGGAUGGGAAGAGUGAAACAGCUGACUGAUGAGGAGGAGUGCUGUAUCUGCAUGGAUGGCAGAGCUGACCUCAUCCUACCUUGUGCUCACAGCUUUUGUCAGAAGUGCAUUGAUAAAUGGAGUGAUCGGCACAGGAGUUGCCCUGUCUGUCGCCUACAGAUGACUGGUGCAAAUGAAUCUUGGGUGGUGUCAGAUCCACCCACUGAAGAUGACAUGGCUAACUAUAUUCUUAACAUGGCUGAUGAGGCAGGCCAGCCCCAUCGGCCAUGACCUGGGGAUAAAAAUCUUCUGUUGCUACUGUGGGCCGUAAACACUUUGGUCAUGGGGGAAGAAUGCAGGAAUAUUGUGGCACGGACACAGGAAAACUUUUUCCCACCCUCUUAUUUUUGCUAUUCUGACAAAUUGUCCUGUUUCUUUUGAUAAACUUUCCAUGUCUUCCAUUUGUGGUAAACUAAAAUUUGCUACUGUUUUAGACUAUAUUAUUUUCUAUCUGUUCUAAUGUGUAUUAGAACUAAUUGCUCUGUGAAUCCUUUGCUAAGGUAACAUUAGCAUUUCCAGAAGCUUCUGAAACACUACUAUUUUUCAGGGCAGGAGUGUUCUGGAAUAUUUUUAGUUAGGUUUAAAAUAAACCUUGAAUGUUAAAAAGAUGUAGCCAUCUGAGAGAAAAAUUUAAAUGACUAAAAAUGUAGAAUACGUCAAAGUGCACAUUACUGCUUAAAGCUAGUCUUUGUGCUGGACUCAAAGGAGUAUGUAUGCCCCCUUGUGGUUAAUUAUUGCUCCUAUAAUGUUUUUACUUGAAAUAAUCAACAAUUUCAUAACUUUAGCAAUGAAGCUACAUAUUUUUAACUAAAAGUUCUUAAGGUUUUUUUUUUUUCUUUUGCCAUGCUGUUAAAUUUGAGUGAUAAAUAUAAAGUUGGGCAUGACCUUGUCUUGCAAAUGGCUUUCUGCUUGGGAAUCUUCUUGGCUCUUCUGGAAAUGCCUUCCUACAGCUGGGAAACGAUUCUCAGUGGCUUUUUAUAACGCUCACACUAACUGGAGUUUCAGAAGGAAAUUUUUCUUCAUCCCAGAUCCUAAAUUUUCUAUUUCCAAAUUAUGAUAAAUCAUUCAAUAUUAGUUGAUAGUUGCUUUUAUUUUCUUAACUUGAAGGCGUCUGAGGUUCAUAUUUCUUAGAUUAAGAAAGAAAACAAAAUAUAAAUUUUUCACCAUAUGUACAUAAAACACCUCUGAAAAUUAGGAGAUAAUUUGGCUUUCUGUUUCAUUGUAUUUCCUUUGAAAUACUCUGAAAGAGAGUAGUAAAAAUAGAAGUAUGUCUCCAGUAGCAUCUCAACCAUUUUUUUUAAGACUUCGCUUAUAAAAUUUUUGCUGAGCAGAAUUUUUGUUUUAUAUUAAACAUUAGCAUUUCAGCAUAUCAUAAACCUGACAUCUCCUAUAAAAAGCAUUUUAACAUUCCAGGAAAAUUUUCUGAACUAUAAUUGGUAAGUUGUAAUUACUACUAUUCUAAGUACUAAGUUACAUAAUUUUAAGUUGCUGCUUAUUGAUGACAGAAUUUUUGGAUCCUAGGAUUUUAAUAGGCAUACAAAUUGUAUAAUCUACUUCUAGGAAAAAUGUCUGAUGGAGGGUACCUUGAUUUUGCUCACAGACUACUGAUGACCUAAUCUACUGACAUUCAUGAUGGGGAUAGUUAAGUACCAAAGGCUAAAUACUCAUUAUAGUUGUUUAUGAAAGCAGAGUAAUGGGGGCUCUGUCACUGUUAACCUGGUAACAUGUGACCUUAGAAAGGGCCUUUCUCGUGUUUUAGAUUCCUACGUGGUUUUCAUACUUUAUUUCGGUAGUAUUUCACCUUUAUUUUUCCCAAGUAAAAUCUUACAGAGUCCCUACAUACAUAAACACACACACAUACCCUACCCCACUGUAUAAAAGUCAUAUUUUAUUAAUCUGUUUCAUUAUACAGUAUAUAAACUUUACACACUAUGAUAACUAAAAAUUAUAAAGUCAACCAGUUACAUUAAUGCAUUGGUGAUCUCAGGUGUAUUAGAAUUUGGUGAGAACACAUUUGUAUGAUGGGGAUUAUUUUUUUAAUUUUCUUUCUUAAAAAAAUUUUUUUGUUUAAUUGAAGUCAGAUUUGCAAAACCCUAAACCUUCACCAUGGAUUAUUAAUAUUUCAUGAAGGGUAUUUUAAAAAGCUUGGGAUAGAUGAUUCACUGAGAUCUUUUCCAGCUGUAAGAUUUUACAUUGUCCUUUUGGAUCAAACUCGCUGAGUUUAAUUGAUUGCCUAAUUUUAAAAUGUUUCUGAAAAUAAAGUUGCUUUACAGAGUUUUGGAUCUUUCCAGGUAUAGCCAAUGGUUUGUCCCCGAGUAUCCCUCAGUCUUCACGGAACUGCUUAAUAAUGAUUGCAGUGACUUGAUAUUGCCGAAACCCUUUUAUUUUACAAUGUGAGCUCCAAGACACUGACUAAUCUACUGUGAGAUAUAACGUUUUUAUUAGCCUUAUCAAAUACAUGAGCACACUAGUUCUGUGCUCACUCCAUUAAACUGGGUGAUAACUCUUUAGACAUGAAUGUUAGGUAGAUUCUACUGUAAUAACUAAUCUUAAAAGUUGUAAAUUUGUCUAAAUGAUGAAGUGGAUAUUUUUUGUAUUCUGUACAGCUUUGUCUUUUUUAAAUCUCAAGUACUUAAAUGCACUUACUAUGUUAGUAAAUGUAAUGUGUGCCUUCCAGGAUUUGUGAAAUGGUUUUAUGAAGUGUAAGGAUGUGUUUUGUUAAGUUACAAGGUUUUUCUUAUCCUAACUCAGUAACAAAGGGUUUAUUUGUAUUAUAAUGCUAUAGAACUUUAGUUUGAGAAAAUGAGUUUGACUAUGUACUGAAAUUAGAUGUUAAGAAUAAGAAUAUCUGUUUAUUCUUAGGACAGACUGAUAAAUUGUGCAAUAAAUAAUCUUUAGCAAGUAAAUUUUAGCAAAUUGAAGAGAUUUUUUUCUUAUGUAAUUUCUUAUUCUUAUAUACUGUCUGUAUUCCAGAGGACUAUUUUAUAUUGUGCUUGGAGAGUUUGUGAUGUUUGUGUGCUAUAAAAUCCAUUUCAAAUUGGAUUCAAUUCCUUAUGCCUAAUAUAUAUAUACCUGGGUCAUAAGGCUGCUUUGAGAAUACUUCUGGUUCAGUGAUUUUCGGCAUUGGGGAGUUGGAUUCAUUAAAAGGCAGUCCGAAGAAUUUGCAUUUUAACUUUUUUUUUUUUCUCCCAUAACUUAAGUUGAGCUUACUUUGCGUAUCCAGGAAUAAGAAACUACUUAGAGACUGAGGAAACUGGUUGAUUGUCCACAUUUAUGAUGGGCAACACAAUGACAGUGUAAUAUAAACAGUGGACAACAGACUUUCAUUAGUUUUCAUGUCUCUUUACCCUAUUGAACAGUAAAAAUCAUUGAUAAAAUACUGCACCCUAUGAAGUAUUUUCAACAUAUAAGAAGGUAACUAGAGAAGCAUCUUAGAACCUGGAUACUAAUGAAUCUAGAAUGCUGAGAAGGGGACGUCCGUUUCUGUUGUACAUCAUCGUCAUAGGGAAGUACACUUUAUUAUCAAAAGGCAUAAUAGUUUCCUCAUAGAUUUUUAUAAUCUUGCAGCUGUUUAUAGUCUUACCCUAUCAUCUUAAUGUCUUUCUAAUAAAAUACUUAUUCCUUAACAGUCCGAGGUGCAAAGAUUUCCAAGGAAUUACGUUUGUCUGAUUUGUGUUUCUUUUAAUGCAGCUAGUUGCAGUCAGUGUUAGUUCAGGUAUAGAAUGUUUAGCUAUAUCACCAAUAUAUCACCUUUAGUUUUGUCUAUAAACCCAGUAAAAGAUGAAUAUUCUUUCACCGACAUAACACUCAGAAACAAGAGAAAGGCAGGGGGAUGUGCUUUCAUUUUUGUUUUAAUCCAAGAUAAGAGGAAGUAAAGACUCAGGACAGGCCUUGACAAAUGGCAGCCCUGGACCAUGAUUUGUUUUCAUGAGGCAUAGAGCAAUGAUGUUGGUCAUUUCAACAAUACCGUUGAAAGUAACAAAGGGAGCUAAAAGCAUUUUAGAAUAAGUAAGGGGUAACAUACCUCAAACUCUGAACUAUUAUUUUAGAAACGCAGGCCAAUAUAUAAUUGCCUUUGCUUCCAACUACAAACACAAAUGAAAGUAGGCAUUCACUCGCAAAGAGGCCAGUUACAUACAGCAACGUAAUAUAAGUACAAAUUGCUAUAGAAAAAAAUGUCUGAAAAGCUGGCUGAUGAGGUAAAAUCCAAAAAAUACUGGCUGGGUAGACUAAAGUAAUAUCCAGGGAAAAGGAAAUGAUCAUGUGUGGCUUUGCUCAUGAGCUGUAUCAGGGCAGAGUUCAAUAAAAAGUCAGAUAAACCAACCUGUUGCCAGUGAGUCAAUUCUGACUCGUAGUGACCUAUAGGACAGAGUAGAACUGCCCCAUAGGGUUUCCGAGAAGCAGCUGGUGGAUUCUAACUGCCAACAUUUUGGCUAGCAGCCGAGCUCCUAACUGUGCCACCAGGGCUCCAAAAAGGUAGCAAAGCUUUACCUUCUAGGUCUAGGAAGCUUCAGUUUGAAAGUUCUGAGUUUUUCUAGUGAAUCUCAUCCAUGCCUGAGUCUUAGUAAAAGAUAAAUCAGCAGUUAUUACUGAUAGCUCUUCAUGAUGCCCAAUCUUAAAAUAAAAAGCAAACAUUUGCUUUAAAUAGUAUUAAAUUGAAACAGUUUUAAUUUAUUGAGCCACUGUCCUGACAAACAAUAAAUUUUUUUAAAUCCUUGGUACAAAAAAUGACAAUGACAAUCUAUAGUACUUGUUGUGUUAGGGCAAAUGUAUAUAAAUAGGGGCUUUGAAAAAUAAUGAAUUCCUAAGAGAAAUGCUGGAUUUUCAUUCAAUUUCGUAAUUAGCUAUGAGAUGGCAUAUAUGUUUGCCUAGUGAAAAGACUAAGUUCCUAUCGUAAGUUGACUAGUCGAGGGGACAAGCAUUAUAAGGUUAUAGGACAAGACAAUCUAAAUUCAAAUAAGCAUUUUCACACACAAAAAUAGGGUUCUUCUAACUUUGUCAUAACUAAAAAGGACUCCCCAUAGGCUAAAUUUGCCCACAGAAAUAGCUGGGAGGGUCCUUGAGCAGCUUGUUGCAAAAUACACAUCCUUCAGGCGCACAUACACUUUAAAAGCUGCCAAAAGAAAUUCAUUCAGUUAUUCAACAUUUUUUGAGCACCUACUAUGUACCAGGCACUAGUAACACAGAUGAAGAGUACAUUGGUAAAGCUUAAAUUUAGAUGGAUCUUAAAAAAUACUUCCCUCGUGGUACCUGGGACCACUAUAUCUUCUGAAGUCUCUAUUCAGUAAAAACAGAAAUUUUGCCUUUUAAAAAGAAAAAUGUGUCAGGUUGCAGUGUUAAAAAAAAAAAUUAACAUUUGUGAGGCCUCACGGAAUAGUAGGAAAAUGACUGGAUUAGGAGUAAAGAAACAGUUCUGGUCUUUUACUUAUUAGCUGUGUGACCUUAAUUCUAAGCAAAUUUCACUUCCCCAGCCUUAACAGUAAAAUGAGAUGGGCUUCAGUUAUAGCAUAUUAAAGCUAAAAGGAACAGAGAUCAUCUGUUAUUGUAAGCUGUCUAGUCGAUUGAGUCCAUUCUGACCCUAUAGAAUAGAGUAGAACUGCUCCAUAGGGUUUUCUAGGCUGUAAAUCUUUACUGGAGCAGAUCGCCAGGUCUUCUGCAGAGCAGCUGGUGGAUUCCAACCUCCCACCUUUCAGUUAGCAGUUGAGCACUUAACUGUUGCACCACCAGGACUCCUUAGAGAUCCCCUAGUCUUGUGCUUUUCAAAGUUUUUCCCCAGGAGUCCUUAGUUCAAAGGAAAGUAUUAUCCAGAAGCCCCAAUACAAAACUGAUGAAAGCAAAGUCGCUUUGAAGAAACAAGGGCAGCACCCAGAAACUCACUCGCCCCUUCCCUCUCCGACCCUGAAGUGGUUUCACAGAACACCAUGUGAAAACCACACAUCUAGUCCAAACCCUCACUUUUUAGACGAGGAAACAUUUGGCUUCCUAAAUAGAAAUGGGGCCUAAAUAAAACACUUUUAAGAAAUUCAUUUAAAAAAACACAAACUGUCAAGAAGGAAAUUUUCUUUUUUAAUUUUCUCAAAAUAGCGCCUUUAUGAAAGGGAGCUUUGAAAUGGAUUUUAAGGCAGCCAGCCAGAGGCUGAAAUGAACAACUACCAACUAGCUUGCAGGGCCUAUAGAGAAGUACGUACGGCAGAACACCACACAGUCCCCGUGUCUCCUGGCAUCUGACCGCAGAAAAUCCUGGCCCCAACAAUACAAGCACUGGCGGUUUCAAAGGAAAUAUUUGGAAAACUAGUAAUGGGUUCAGACAAGUGCCCAACUCCCUGAUCUCCAAGGAGUCAUCAUCAUCUAUCACUCAGAAAUACUAACAGAAGUGGGCACGUUAGAUCUUAAAGUGAACAGUGCCACCAAAAAUCACUAGUUUGAAAGUUCUUCAGAGGCAUCCUCUCCCUGGAGGAAAGUCCUAGUUUGGUAUCUUGACCACCGUUAGUCAUAGCCAACUUGAAAUUAAACCAAAAAGUUGAAGUGCCUGUCCAGUCCUGGGCCUAUGUGGUCAGGGCUGUGAUCUCUUCUGAUUUCAUGGCAUCGGACAGGAAGCUGAGCUCAUUGCAUAAGGUCUCGUAUCGGAAUGCCAUCCGGAUCUGAGCAACAUUUGUCUUUCGAAUGUCAUUUCCUUCAGGUCCUUCUUUGUAAUAAUUUUGUCCCAGAAACUUUUGUUUUUCCUGUGGACCAAUAAAAAUACAAAUGAAACCUUAUACCUUAGAUUUACUUUUUAUAUCCACAUAGGCACCUAUAACAGCCAUGGAAAAUCAGACUAGUCCCCCUUAAGCAGAUCCUCACUGAAGACCUCUCCCCAUAAAAAACCAAAACUUGUUGCCAUCGAGUCAAUUCUGACUCAUAGCAACCCUACAGGACAGAGUAGAACUGCCCCAUAGGGUUUCCAAGGAGCAGUUAGUAGAUUCGACCUGCUGACCUUUUCGAUAGCAGACGAGCUCUUAACCACUGCGCCACCAGGGCUCCAUCUUUACCCAUAGCAAAAAAGUCAAACCUACAGCCAUCAAGUUGAUUCCAACUCAUGGUGACUCUAUAGGACAGAGUAGAACUGUCCCAUGGAGUUUCCAAGGAGCAGCUGAUAGAUUCAAACUGCUGACGUUUUGGUUUGUAGCUCUUAACCACUGCACCAUCAGGGCUCCUGUCUUUCCCCAGAGGCUGUUAUAAAAUUCUUCCUAUCCUUCUUGUCCUCAGGGAUGUCACCCUAGCAACCACAUUCAUUACCUUGGUUCCUGGCUAUGCUUUCCUUGAUCAAAGGGAAAGAUAAGGACGGCAAGAGCUGCUGGGGAUGGAGAAGCACGGUGAAUGUGUUAAGUCUCUAAGAAGUCCCUCCUGAGAGUUGAUAAGUGGGCAGUCAGGUGUGGGGGGAGGGGAAGGAGCACACCAAGGAACCACAUCCACACAAAAAGAAUCGAGCAUUUAACUCUUCUCUGCUUUGUCAUUCAACAAGAAGAUCACCUAAGGCAGCCCUCUUCCUGUGCCGGGGGAGGUUCUCAGGGACCCAAGAUACCAUCUAAAGCAAUGGGUCUCCAUCCAGGCUUCACAUCAGAAUCACCUAGUGUCUUAGUUAUCUAGUGCUGCUGUAACAGAAAUAGCACAAGUGGAUGGCUGUAAUUAGCAAACAAAUUUAUUUUCUUACAGUUGAGGAGGCUAUAAGUUUGAAUUCAGAGAGCGGUCUCUAGAGGAAGGCUUUCUCUGUCAGCUCUGGAGGAAGGUCCUUGUUUCUUCAGCUUCUGCUUCCUGGUUCCUUGGAGAUUUCCAUGUGUCUUGGCAUCUAAAUUCAUCUCUCUCUCUCUGCUUGCUUGUUUAAUCUCUCUUAUAUCUCAAGAGAUUUACUCGAUAGACUCUACACUAAUCCUGUUUUAUUAGGAUAACAAAGACAACCCAUUCCCAAAUGGGAUUAUAACCACAGGCAUCCAAACCCAAACCAAACUCAGUGCCGUCAAGUCUAUUCCUACUCAUAGCGACCCUAUAGGCCAGAGUAGAACUGCCCCAUAAAGUUUCCAAGGAGCGCCUGGCAGAUUCGAACUGCUGACCCUUUGUUUAGCAGCCGUAGCACUUAACCACUACGCCAUCAGGGUUUCCACCACAGGCGUAGAGGUUAGGAUUUACAACACACAUUUUGGGGUGACAUAAUUUAAUCCAUAACACCUAAGGAGCUUUAAAAAAAUUACUGAUGCCCAGUUUUUUAUUCAAUUUAGUUACUGUUCACCUAUUCAAGAAAUACUGAGUGCCUACUAAGUGCCAAGGACUAUUGUAGGUCCUGGGGAUAUAAUGCUGAACAAAACAGUCUGUGUCCUAAAUACAUAGUACAAUAUCAGUAGUAAUAAAUGUAAUGAAGAAAAACAGAUUGAGGAGAUAAAGAAUGAAGGGAAGAGUGUGGCUAUUUUAGAAUGGCUAUCAGGAGCAAGGAGGUGACAUUUGAGUAGAGAUCUGAGAAAGGUAAUGGGGUCAAAUUUAGGAGGCUUCCAAGGAUUCUUCUAGAACAUGAGUUUCAUUGUAGCAAAGACCCUGUUUGUUUCGUUCAUCAUUGACCCUCAGUGCCUGGCACACAAUGGGCACUCACCGGACAUUUGUUGAGAGGAUGGGAAGGACAGAGGGCAGUAUGGGCAGACGCCAUACCUGAUGUGAGAGGCCACUCUGCAGCACACUAUUCCUGGCGAUUUCACAUAGGUCACACGUGCUCAGCUUCCACACUUGAGCUGCAAUCGCAUAUUCUUCCAUAAGUGCUUCCUAGAUCCCUCCCCCGAAAGUAAAUUUAUUAGAUGGUAGAAUAUUCAUUCCAAUGGUAAACAUAUUUCCAAAGCUAGAAACAUUAAGCACAUAGCAAAAAAAAACCUUGCUGUCCAGUCAAUUCCAACUCACAGGGACCCUAUAGGACAGAGUAGAACUGCCCCGUAGGGUUUCCAAGGAGCUGCUAGUGGAUUUGAACUGCCAAUCUUCUGGUUAGCAGCCGAACUCUUAGCCACUGUGCCACCAGUACUCCAGCAUAAAGCAAGCAUAUUUAAUUUUCCUUCAAUAACUGGCCUCUUGAUAAUCAAGCAACGUAACACCUGUGAGUUGGAGUUGACUCAACGGCACACAACGACACCUUCUUUGAGUGAAAUCUCAGGUUACCAAAGAAAUAUGAAAAGAACACCUGCACAUUUGUUUUUUGGCCUGCAGUGAAUGCCUAUGGUGUUUGAAGCCCUGAGCUGGGCACUGGGGAUGCCAGUCUCUGCCCUCCUGUGACAGUCCCCCUUCUCAUGCAUGUAUUUAGUACCUGCUCUGUAGCUUUGCUUUUUCUUUAACACACCGUUUUCUUUAAGACUGUCCAAACAUAAAAGUUAACAUGAAUAAAAUGCCAAAGGUAGAGAUGGAAUAUUAAAAUGAGAAAUAGUUGUGGUAUAAGUAGUGAGAUAGCAAAAACCCCAAAGCAUUUGGGUUUGAGCUGUGGUCGUGCUUGAUCUUCUGAGGUGUGAAAUGAUGUGUGUUAAUCCUCAGCCCACCCAUCACCCCUUCCCGACCUCGACCUCAUUGCUUCUGUAUCCUGGAACAGUGGUUCUCAAAGUAUGGUUCAAGGAUGCCUCAGGGUCCCCAAAACCUUUUGGGGGAUCCACAGGUUCUCCCUUUUCCAACUAUAUACCUGUGUAAGGUUGGAUUUUCUUCAUAUACUUUGGUGAAAAUGUCUAUUACAACAGAUUGAAUGCAGAAGCAGAUAAGAGAUCUAUCUUCUGUUAAACCAGAUAUUAAAGAGGUUUGCAAAAAUGUAAAACAAUGCUACUUCUCAAUAAUUUUUUUCUUUUGUUUUGGAAAAUAUAAUUAUUUUGCAUAAAAACUGCUAGUUGUAUGAACACUUAAUUGAUUUAUUAAUGUUAUUUUUAAAUGAGUUAAUAAAUAUUUUAAAAUUUCUCAGUUAAUUUCUAACACAGUAAAUAUCAGUAGAUACGAUCCACAUAAAUAAGAGCUCCUUGAGGACCUCAGUGUUAAAGAGUAUAAAGGGGUUCUGAGACCAAAAGUUUUGAGAACCACUGUCCUAAAAAGAAGACAUUGGCUCUUCUAUUUCUGCUAAUCAGUGGCUGGUCUUAUCAACACCAUCAAAAUGUGCUAAAUACACUUAUGGCUGGUCCCCAUGCAUGACAUCACCUUUCCCUUCCUCUUUGGCCAGAGAUCCGAAGUCUAAUAAUAGUAUCAACAACAAUAACAAUAAUAUUAGUAAAAAAAAAACAGCCAACAUUUUGGAUACUUGCUAUAUGCAGAUAC